GUCAGCCUCUAACAUGGACUUACGCCUGUGCUGCCAUCGCCGACAUCUGCUCGUGAACAUAGGCCUACCCGCUCGCUUCAUGGAGCUGCUAGCCUUGACAUAUCAGUUGUCUACCCUUGGCCUUUGACUCUAACACUCAAAUCGAAGCAGAAAUGAUGGAGCCGCAAACUCUCCGCUUUGGUCCUCACGACCUCCAGGAGGUCCUGGUGUGGCUCCCGGAGCCGUCAACAGAAGCAGAAACAGCAGAGAGUCGGCAACAGUCCCGAUCCUGGAUCAUUCUCAUCCACGGCGGGGCAUGGCGCGACCCGACCAUCACGCAUCGCACAUUCGCCGAGCCGGCCGUGUCCAUCCUUUUAUCACCAUCUCCAUCAGCAUCUCCAGCACGAAAUAUCCAGUCUGUUCUUGAGAGGCGAAAUCAAGCUCUGGCUAUAGCUUCGCUGUCUUACCGACUAUCAUCACAUCCGUCAUAUCCCGAAACAGCACCAACCACAACCACCACCACAAAUACCGCCACUACCACCAGCAGCUCUACCAGCAGAUCUACCAAUAAUAAUACCAACGCAACGAACAAUCCAUCCUAUUUCGCUCGUGAUGCCCGGCAUCCAGACCACCUCGACGACAUAUGCUCUGCCCUCGCAUUGCUGCACGAGACCUACGGCCUCACAGAGGACAAUUACAUGCUCGUGGGACACUCAUGCGGCGCCACGCUUGCAUUUCAGGCGUUGCAGAGGUUAUGUUUAUCUCCAUCUACCUCCCCCUCUGACUCUCUCUCCCCGUCUCCAUCUACUCAACCUCCCUCCACAUCUACGAAUACUGGUCCUCCACCCCACAAUAAGUCCCCAUUGCCACUACCAGUACCACCGCCAACAGCUAUAGUCGGUCUAGCAGGAAUCUACGAUCUCCGCCUCCUUCUCGACAACCACAGUGACACACCCUACAGCGACAUUUACGCCUCGUUCCUUGAGGGCGCGUUCGGCAGUGAUAAAAACGAUUGGGAUCGUGCGUCGCCGGCGCGGUUUAUAUCCACAUCCACUUCUCCGGACGAGUCAAAGUCAAAGCCAAACCGUACGUCCACCGAUCGGAGCGUGAACAUCUUGCUCGUCACAGCCGACAAGGACGACUUGGUCGAGCCGGAGCAGCGAGACGUCAUGAGGCGGUCGAUUCUCGGUCUGGGCACAGACACAGAAGAAUCUACAGAAUCUCCCCAUACACGCUCUACUUGUCGGAGUAGAUACAAAUACAAAUAUGCCGAAAUGAAUGUCGAAGGUGGACAUGAUGAUAUGUGGCAGGUCGGCGAGAGGAUGGUGCAGGUCAUUGAGCGGGCGUUGGAGAUGUGACUAUCAGUGUUUGGUACGAUAUAGGUAGUAUAGGAAAGUAUUGAAAGCAAUGACUAUGUACCUAACAACCGA